CAAAAAAAGCAAUAUUUAUUUCCUGUAUUUCUUACAUUUCAAGGCAUGACUCUGGCAAGCAAGGCCUCACCAAUUAUGUGGUUUCUGUUCACUACACCUUCACCAUGAAUUAUUAAUAGUUAGCUCAAUCCCUCUCAUUUCUAAGAACCUAUAUCGUUUCCAUUCUUGGAUUUUCAUCCAUGAAUCCUCUCCCAGAAUACAUCUUCUUCCCCAAGAUCCUCCUUGAAGCAAGUACUCACUGAAGCACAUCUCCUAGAACUGCGAGACUCAGCUCAGAGGAGCUGUUUCUAUCACAAUCUAACCCUAUUUUGGGGGCAGUCAUGGGAUCUUUGGAUAGAUCAAAGAAGAAGGUGCACUUAUGGAAGAAAGCCGCGGUCCAUUUCUUGCUCUGUUUCAUGAUGGGGUUCUUCACCGGCUUCGCCCCAAACAGAAAAACCUCAAUUUCAUCCGGUAAUGCCACAAUGUCGCCACAGCCGGUUGAGGCGUUUCAUCAAGAGAAAACGCGGAAUUUCAACAUAAGCUUGCUGGUCGAAGCAGCAGAACCAGCUGAGGAAGAGCAGAAUAACAACCCUCAGCAAGAGAAGGAAGAAACCGAGGAAUUAGACAUAAGGAGGCUAGUGAUCGUCAUCACACCAAUGAGCACGAGAAACAAGCUCCGUGGGCCGUUGCUUAGGAGGCUGGCCAGCACGCUGAAGCUGGUGGCGCAGCCAUUGUUGUGGAUCGUGGUGGAGCAGCAGCCCGAGGACUCGGAGGUCUCUGAGACACUAAGGCGAAGUGGGAUCAUGUACAGGCAUGUUGUGUUCAAGGAGAACUUCACCGACACGACCUCCGAGAUGGAUUUUCAAAGAAACGUUGCUCUGAAUCACAUUGAGCAUCACAGGCUCACCGGAAUUGUCCAUUUCGCGGGGCUUUCGAAUGUGUAUGACCUCGCUUUCUUUGAAGAGAUAAGAGCAGUUGAGGGAUUUGGGGCAUGGCCGAUAGCUAAGCUUAGUGCUAACAGGAAGAAGGUGGUGAUUGAAGGGCCAGUUUGCGAUUCCUCAGAAGUUGUGGGGUGGCAUUUGAAGAAGAUGAACAAUGUGACAGAUGCAACACCACUCCCUCUUCACAUCUCGAGUUUCGCCUUCAAUAGCUCGAUUCUAUGGGAUCCGGAGAGAUGGGGCCGCACUUCAUCCGUUCAAGACUCCUCUCAGAAUUCAAUAGGAUUUGUAAGAAAAGAGGUUCUUGAAGAGGAAGCCAAGUUGAAGGGGAUUCCGACAGAGGGUUGCUCCAAAGUUCUGCUGUGGGAUUUAAAGAUGUAAUAAGAUCAUUCCACACCCUAUGUAGAUAUAACUAGAACAAAAAUGAGCCUUCUUUAAACUCUUACAGUUUCCAAUUCUUUCUAUUUUUAUCC